CAAUGUCCUAAACCCCGCCUGUGCCUGUGCUAUACUACAAAUGCUAUAAAUUAUAGAGAGAAGAAAUGGGAUCAUAUAUGGCCAUUACAUACCACAGCUGCAACCGUGUUUUCUGAGUGAGACGUUUUUAAAAGCAAAAGCAGAGAGAAAUGGCGAUGAGGAGGGCUGCUGCUUCCGCGCUUCGAACCGUCUCUGCUUCUCGGUUUUCGGCCACAUCGCCUCUUCACAGAUACCUCCAUGCUUCUCCUGGGAGCAAGAAGAUUGUUGGGGUGUUCUACAAGGCUAAUGAGUAUGCCUCGAUGAAUCCCAAUUUCGUAGGUUGUGUGGAGGGAUCCUUGGGCAUACGCGAUUGGCUGGAAUCACAAGGCCAUCAAUACAUUGUAACAGAUGAUAAAGAAGGUCCUGAUUGUGAACUUGAAAAACAUAUUCCUGAUCUUCAUGUCCUAAUAACAACGCCCUUUCACCCAGCCUAUGUUACGGAAGAAAGGAUCAAGAAGGCCAAGAAUUUACAACUUCUUCUCACAGCUGGAAUUGGCUCUGAUCAUAUUGAUUUGAAAGCUGCAGCUGCUGCCGGAUUAACUGUUGCUGAGGUCACUGGAAGUAAUGUAGUAUCAGUUGCAGAAGAUGAGCUCAUGAGAAUCCUCAUUCUUGUGCGGAAUUUCUUACCUGGUUAUCAUCAAGUUAUUAAUGGGGAAUGGAAUGUGGCUGGCAUUUCUCAUAGAGCUUAUGACCUUGAGGGCAAGACAGUGGGAACCGUUGGUGCUGGACGUAUUGGCAGGCUUUUGCUCCAACGUUUGAAGCCCUUCAACUGCAAUCUUCUUUACCAUGACAGAAUCAAGAUGGAUCCAGAGUUGGAAAAUCAGAUUGGGGCCAAGUUUGAAGAGGAUCUUGAUGCAAUGCUUCCAAAGUGUGACAUAAUUGUUAUCAAUACACCUCUUACAGAGAAAACAAGAGGGAUGUUUGACAAGGAUAGGAUCUCAAAGAUGAAAAGAGGUGUCCUGAUUGUGAAUAAUGCUCGAGGGGCAAUAAUGGACACCCAAGCAGUUGUUGAUGGGUGCUCCAGUGGGCAUAUAGCAGGCUACAGUGGUGAUGUGUGGUAUCCACAACCAGCACCCAAAGAUCAUCCAUGGCGAUACAUGCCGAACCAGGCAAUGACACCUCAUAUUUCUGGUACCACCAUUGAUGCUCAGCUACGGUACGCAGCUGGAGUGAAGGACAUGCUGGACAGGUACUUCAUGGGAGAAGCCUUUCCCCCACAAAAUUACAUUGUCAAUGAGGGAAAGCUUGCAAGCCAGUACCUCUGAUUCUACUCUUCCAUAAAUAUUUAGAAAGCCUUACUGGCUAGUUGGUGGAUGCAGCUCCCAGUUCCCACCGACCUGGGAUGGGAUUGAAUACCGUCUUCAUCUUUUUCCAUCUCCCCACCCCCAAGUUUACCUAUCAAAAUAGUAGUGGGAUCUCUAUCAUGCAAAUAAAAGCAAUUCUGCAAUAACAGAGUGGAUAUGUUGGAAGGUUCCGUCUCUUUCUCUUUUCUUCCCAUUUCCUGAAUUCAGUAUGUGAGGGUUGAGAGAAUUUCAUCAUUUGUAGUCGAUAAAUGAGCCAUAUGGAAAUACUAAAGAACUAUGAUGGGUUUUAAUUUAUAAGAGCAUUUUCCCUCGAGGAUUUGAUAAUUUA